AUGAAGACGCUGUUGUUGCUGUGUGUAGCUUGCACGCUGGCUGUGUUGUCUGUGUCGGGGACUUCGGAACAAAAGUUGAAAAACUGUAAUGAAGUUCGCGCUGCUUACAGCUCCAAAGGCUUCGACGUGAACGAUGUCCCCAACAAAGGAGUCAACGGAGCCCCCCUGAAAGUGUGUCCGCAGGGUUUCUCCUGCUGUACGGUGGUGAUGGAGGAGAAGCUGAGACAGCAGAGCCACUUGGACAUGAAAGCUCCCGUCUCCAGGCUUAGCACCACCCUACAAUCCACCUUCAAACAGAAGCACGACCACUUUGACAAGUUUUUCCGUGAGCUUUUGAAAAAUGCAGAGCUCUCGCUGCACAACAUGUUUGUGCGAACAUACGGGAUGAUGUACGUGCAGAAUGCAGAGCUGUUCAAGAACUUUUUCGAGGCCUUGACUCGGUACUACAUAUAUGGCAGUGCUGCUGUCAAUCUGGACUCCAUGCUGUCAGACUUCUGGGCCGACCUCCUGGAGAGGAUGUUCCGGCUGGUCAACGUGCAGUACGAAUUCAGCGACGCCUACAUGGAAUGCGUCAGCCAGCACACGGAGCAGCUGCAGCCGUUCGGCGAUGUGCCUCGCAAGCUCCGCAUCCAGCUGACACGGGCCUUUGUCGCUGCACGCACAUUUGUUCGCGGCCUGGCACUCAUGCCAGAGGUGGUCAAUAAAGUUUCUACGGUCAGUGCGUCUCCCAGCUGUGUGCAAGCGGUCAUGAAGAUGAUGUACUGUCCCUACUGCUCAGGACAAGUGGCUCUGAAACCCUGCCAGAAUUACUGUCUGAAUGUUAUGCGUGGGUGUUUAGCCAACCAGGCCGACUUGGAUACAGAGUGGAACAACUUCCUCGAUGCCAUGCUUAGUCUAGCUGAGAGGCUGGAAGGUCCCUUUAAUUUUGAGUCCGUCAUGGAUCCCAUCGACGUGAAAAUCUCAGAGGCCAUCAUGAACAUGCAGGAGAACAGCAUGCAAGUGUCGCAGAAAGUUUUCCAGGGUUGUGGGCAGCCUAAACCAAGCAUGUCCACCCGUUCCAAGCGUUCAGUCAAAGAAACAGGCUUUACCGGCCGCUUCCGCCCCUACAGCCCUGAUGCUAGGCCCACCACUGCUGCUGGGACCAGUUUAGAUCGAUUGACAAAUGAUGUGAAGAAGAAGCUGAAACAUACAAAGAAGUUCUGGUCAACAUUGCCAGAGACGGUUUGUGCAGGUGAGAGGAUUGCACCGGGGGACGAGUGCUGGAAUGGAACAGCAAAAAGCAGGUACGAGUCAGUUGUCAUUGGCAAUGGACUGGCCAAUCAGGUAUACAACCCUGAUGUGGACGUGGACAUUACAAAGCCAGACAUUGUGAUUCGCAGUCAGAUUGCAGUUUUGAAGGAAAUGACAAGCUGGCUCAAAGCUGCACACAGCGGCAAUGACAUCUCUAUCGACAACGAUGAGGAUGGCAGUGGAGGAGAGGAGAGCGGCAGCGGCUGUGACUCUCCAUCCUGUGACACAGAUCGGGACAUGUACUUCUCCACUCCACCGAACCCUGGCAAUCCCCGGGUUAAUCCAGUGGUGGUGGGCAGAAGUCCAUCGGCUGGGGUUGCCUCACAGGGAAGCAUGGUGCUGGCACUCUGUGGGCUGGCUCUGGUUGCUCCCCACUUGAGAUAAAACUGGCUGGGCAGGGAGAGGACGAGAACGACCAGGAAUGACGGAGCGAAGGGGAAAACUGUCAGAGUGACUUAAAAAAAGACUGCCUUCAGGACCUUGGACUGUCCACCAUUGGGGGGGAGACUCUUCAUAAUAUUAUAAUAACUUCACUUUUAAUUAUUUGUUUGUAUGUUUUUAAGGACAUCAGUGUACAGCUAUAUGAUUUUCUUCCCAAGAAAUCCACCUUUUUCCCCAUUUUCCCCCCAGAUAAACCUUUACUCCUUAUGGCUCUUUUGGAGCCUCACUAUGGUUUUGCUUGCAGCAUUACAAACAUCAUAUUCAUUAGUGUGCCUUCAUCGGUGAUUGCCAUCUAAUAACUAGAUGACAAUCAAGAUAUGAACAUUGAGUGCCUGUGGUGGGACGUAUCUUCAUAUUUCUGAGGAUUUUCUUCCUUUCCAUUAUUCAGAGAUCAACAAAUCAUCUAAUGUUGUUGUGGAUGUGAACAUUUCAUAACAAUUUUGUACAUUAUCACUGUACAUACUGUGAAUGUUUGUGUCUGUGCAUUUAUACAUUUACAUACAUCAGGCAGUCAGAAAUUAUGAAGCUACUUGUUGAUCUCCACUAAGGAAUAGUUUGAGCUUUAGUUCAGUUUGCUGUGGAGAGACACUAAAAAUCUUCUCAAAGCUGCAGAGCAAAGCUUAUCUCAGAAAUACAGAGAGAGGAGUUACAGCACAGGUAUUUAUGUUUCACCUGGAGAUGGAAUCAGCCUUUAGAAGAGCUUUUAGGGCACUCUGCAAGCCCAAACAUGCAUAUUGUAUGUCUGCUAUGAUCAUUAUCACAAUCCAACUUUUAAUUUCCUCAUUAUUUUUAAUUUAAUUUCCUCAGCUUAAACACUUCAAUAGUAAGGUCAUACCUCAUGCAUGCUCUAAUUGUCAAUGCAAUCCAGUAAUGUUGAGUUGAAAGUGUCUGAUAGAGUUGAGAUAUGUGGCUGGCAACCUGGUGAAAGGUAACUGGCGCGGAAAGAGAAGGACUCCCCUGGAAUUACCCCUAAAGAAGGCAAAGCUGACAAGUCCUGAAAGCCCUGUUUUGGUACUGUAAGCUCAGUUCAGCACAGAGGAUCUGACUCUAUACAGUCUUACUGUUUGAAAAGAAAAGGUGGCGACAUGUAUGUUCAGAGCAUUUCACAUUAAACUAGAGAAGAGGAACAAAAGACAGUGCUUUGAUCAAAUGAAAUCAAGAAAAGAUUGCUUAAAUACAGGGUUUUAUGUUGAAGAGGUGUUGUAAUUUUAGCUAUUUUUGGUAUGAAGAUAUAUUAGGUACUACAGUGGAUUUUAUUGCUAGUUUUAGGUGUUGGAAGAGGACUGUGUGCACAGAACAUGGGGGCACUUUUGGUCAGUGUGCACAUUGUUUUGGGGCCUUUUUUGCCCACAUCCCCCCGUUCCACAAUACACACUUGUACCUCUUAAAUGGCCUGUGUCAGUAUAAAUGGACUCAUCAACCAUGAACCAUUUGAUCUACCUAUCUUCAUCCUCACGUUUUCAUCAUUUUGACUCGAGGUGGAAUGUUGAAGUAUUGUCACAAGUGCUACCAAAAUUAAUGUUACAUAUGGUGCCUGAUCUUUGUUUUUAACCUUGGUACAUUAUUAGCAACUUGGUAUUGUAAAGAAAAGAAUGUAGAUGUUGAUGAUUUGUAUCUACAGUAUCUUCUCAGAUUCCCUGUAGGGUGUUUGAGUUCGUUACCAGCUGACAAGCACAACAUAAGAUUUUCUAUGUCUUCUAAUUUGAUAAUCGGGUGUGUAAGUUGCAUUACCUGGCCAUUUCAUCUCUGAAAUGAUGCUGCCUCAUGUAGCUUUUGUACAGUAACUUAUGCAUGUAUUUUAAUGUCAUUUUAAACAUGCUUUUAGAACUGACAUAGAUUAUCCAAAAUACAGUUUGCAGGAGGUUUCAAUAGGCAAACUUUUGGUGAAAAAAUUGUUAUCAGAUUUGGGGGCUUUAAAUAUGCAUUUUAUUAAAAUUGAAAAAUGGAAUUGCAUGUUUCAAAUUUGUCUGCAGGUCGGAAACAAUUGGCUGCAGUUUAGACAGAUAGUAAAUACUGGACACAACCUGUUUGCCUCUUGUUUAGCUUUGAGAAUAAAUUUUCUCCAAAAAAAGUGACGUUCCCUAUUAACAGACGUGAAACAAAUCAACAAGGACAUGACUAUUAAGAAUCUGACUUUAAAGGAUUUGAUGAAACAUCUAUGCAACCCGUAUAAAAUACUGAAGCCUUAAUUUAAAAUAAUGAAGCUGUGCUUCAGCAGCUCAAUUUGGCAUUACUUCUGCAUGUAACUGGUUCAAUUCUCCCGAUUUUUGUGUUCCACCAACAUUUCUACUAGGGCUUGUGCAUGUGUUCAUGUCGUGGAAGAGUUGUGUCGAGUGUGAAGAAACCCAACCUUCUGAGAGUCAGAGGAAACUUUUUGGGUGAUGAUGGUAAAUGUCUGUGCUUGCGGGCCAGGGCAGCAACAUUUUCUGGCUGGUAGGAGUUGGUCCAGCUGCUGGAUAAUGUUCAUUCGAUCCACAGAGCAACUAAAGUCUGGUGACUUUAAAGUUGCGUUGGACAGGUAUUGAAACCUUUCCUUCUGCCUUUGGCCCACAAGAACAGAAAGGACUCACUUUCAGAGGGGAGAGCGAGUGACCUGACUGAAAAGAAUAAAAAAUGUGUAAAUAAAGAGCAGCCGUUUUUAGAUGUCUCUAAAAGAGGCCGUUACAGUACACCAGAUUUUUACUUGUCAGAGUAUCUCCUAAAUGCUAUGGAAAAACAAGAUGAGAUAGAUGUUAAAUUGUAAGAGAAAAUGUAUAUUAAACAACAUUUCUUAGUCUUGUUGAAAUAAAGACUGCCAAUAUUUAAA